AGUCGACUGAGCGAUAAUUCGUAUAUGACGUCACUGGAAGCAUAAAAAUCCAAAAUGGACUCUGCAAACUCUGCUGGAGCGUAUGGGGCUGGUAUGGCCGGUGGAUCCUUUAACAUUUUAACAUUUAUUAGAAAACCGCAUGUAAUUCUACGACUAGUCAGUUGGCUAUUUGCCAUCAUUGUGUUCGGCUGCAUAUCUUCUCAAGGAUGGGAAGAAAAUGAGUGUGCAUUUAAUAAUGACAAAAAUGCUUGCGGAUUCGGGACGGCUAUCGGGGUCAUCGCAUUUCUUACACUAACCGCAUUCUUAGUUCUGGAUGCCUUGUUCGAGACUCACAUAAGUUCUGUUCAACACAGAAAGUACAUAGUCAUGGCUGAUAUGGGUUUUUCAGACGCUUGGAGGAAAACUGAGGACAAAAACAAAUUUGGAGUAUCUGGUAUACAAGCAUCCAUUGCUUUUUCAUUCUUUUCAAUAGGGACAUUCGCCGGUUUAACCUUCUUUGCGGUUCAACACUACCGCAAGGGAAUUAGCGAAACUUUUGCCUCGCAGUAUGAUCAAAGUCAACCAACAGGUCCGGCUGGAGAUACCGCAGCCUCCCCAUAUUCGAAUUACCCCGCUCCUGUUGGGGAUAUGGGCCCUGAUCCUUAUCAGCAACCAGCAUUCAACCAAGAUCAGAAGCCUCCAGCGGGAGAUUUUCAACCACCGUCUUACUAG